UUUUAAUAAAAUUCUUACAAGUGGGUUUACAUACACAAGUAGAUGCCCUCUCUGUCACACCACAUCAAACCGGCGGCCAAACACACUAUAACAAAUCUGACGGCCUGUCGAACGUCACAAAAAGUUAACUAACCAAGUCAAAAGGUCACGCCAACGAUAUGUUUUUCCGAUAACACAAACCACCACCGGAAAAGAUGGCAUCGCCGUCGCCACCACAUCUCCUCUCAUUCUUCGUCUUCAUCUUCAUCUUCAUCUUCAUCUUCCUCACCUCCGUCGUAAGUUCACAACAGUUCUCGACUUCCGACCAAACUACCUUGCUUAACCUCAAGCAACAGUGGGGGAAUCCACAGUCACUAGCAGAUUGGAACUCCACCUCGUCACCUUGCAGCUGGCCCGAGGUUCAGUGCCGGAAUGGCUCCGUCAUCAUGCUGCAACUCGACAGCAAGGAACUUACCGGAACUAUACCGCCGUUUAUCUGCGAUCUCCAGAACCUGGAAAACAUGAUUCUCCAUGACAAUUUAAUCACAGGAGAGUUUCCUAGGGUUUUCUAUAACUGCUCGAAGCUGGUUGAGCUUGAUAUUGCACAGAACCUGUUCUUCGGAAGGUUACCAGAUGACAUUGACCGACUAUCACAACUCCAAAUCAUUGAAUUUGGGGGUAAUAACUUUACCGGCGACAUACCUCCGGCAAUCGGGAAUAUUUCGGCGUUGACUUCGUUGUUUUUGUAUCAGAAUUUGUUUAAUGGCAGUAUACCUCCGGAGAUCGGAAAUUUAUCCAAUCUGGAAACAUUAGGUCUGGCGUAUAACGAAUUUGCAGAUCCGGUGAUACCGCAGGAGUUUGGAAAAUUGAGAAGUUUGAAGGUUAUGUGGAUGGCGGCGACUAAUCUGGUCGGAAAUAUACCAGAAUCAUUAUCGAAUUUGACCAAUCUCACAUCGUUAGAUUUGAGUUUAAACAAGUUGGAAGGUGAAAUUCCUCCUGGAUUGUUCCUCUUAACAAAUCUGGAUGUUAUGUUCUUGUAUCUGAACAAAUUAUCCGGCAACCUUCCCUCCUUGAUUCAGUCUCAGAAUUUGACUCAAAUCGAUAUCGCCAUGAACAGAUUGAACGGCUCAAUUCCUGAUGAUUUUGGAAAAUUGCAGAAACUGCAGGUUUUCAAUUUGUAUUCAAAUCGAUUUUCCGGACAGAUUCCAACGAGUAUUUCUCAGAUUCCAUCACUGAGGAUCUUCCGGGUCUUUAGAAACAAUCUCACCGGAGAAUUGCCUCCGGAAUUUGGACUUCACUCCAAACUUGAAUCAUUUGAGGUAUCAGAGAACAACCUCACCGGAACGUUGCCGGAGAAUUUGUGCGCCGGAGGUGCUUUGACAGGCGUGAUUGUUUUCUCAAACAACCUAACAGGAGAGAUACCAAGUUCAUACGAGAGCUGUAACAAGGUUAACAGUAUCCAACUCUAUAAUAACAACUUCACCGGUGAGAUUCCUCCAGGAGUUUGGACAUUAUUAAAUCUUUCAACUUUGCUGCUCACCGGAAACUCAUUUUCCGGUGAGCUUCCUGGUAAAGUCGCUUGGAAUUUAUCUAGAUUUGAAAUCAGUGACAACAAGUUUUCAGGUCAAAUCCCGUCUGAAAUCUCUUCUUGGAUGAAACUCAACGUGUUCAAAGCUAGUAACAACUUGUUUUCCGGCGUCAUCCCACCUGAAUUCACUAGUCUUUCAGAGCUAUCCGUUCUUUAUCUUGACGGAAAUUCACUUUCCGGUGAACUCCCAUCACAGAUCAAGUCCUGGAACUCGCUAACCAUUCUGAAUCUCGCAAGAAACAAACUUUCCGGCGAUAUCCCAUCUUCACUCGGUUCUUUACCAAAUCUUCUUGGACUUGAUCUCUCAGAAAACCAAUUCUCAGGCGAAAUCCCACCUGAAUUGAGUAAUCUCAGACUUACCAGUUUGAAUCUAUCUUCCAACAAACUAACCGGAAAAAUUCCCUCCGCUUUUGAUAACUCCGCGUUUCAGAACAGUUUCUUCAACAAUCCAAAUCUCUGUUCCACUUCCCAUAUCUCCAAUCUCCAUAGCUGUUACACCAAAAGCUCCAGGAAGAAAUUUUCGCCCAAAAUCAUCGCCACAAUCGUCAUUUUAUCAUCCUUCCUUCUACUCCUCGCGAUCCUCUUCACAUUGUUCAUGUUCCGAGACCACUUAAAAAAGAAGCCUAAACGGACUCGAACGACAUGGAAACUUAUCUCCUUCCACAAUCUCGAUUUCACCGAAGAAAACAUCUUAUCCUGCAUGACCGACGCCAAUCUAAUCGGCUCCGGUGGUUCCGGUAAAGUCUACCGAAUCGGGGUCGGUCCGCCUCGAGGUUUCGUCGCCGUGAAACAGAUUUCAAACAAGAAAUUCAACCGGGAUGUUGAAAACGAGUUCUCCUCCGAGGUUCAGAUUUUGGGCUCCAUUCGCCACUCGAAUAUCGUGAAACUUCUGUGUUGUCUUUCGAACCCUAACUCGAAGCUUCUGGUUUACGAGUACAUGGAAAAUCAGAGUCUCGAUAAGUGGUUACACGGGAAGAAGAGGAAACCGGAAAUGGAGCUGCGUUUGGAACCUCCACAUUUCGUGUUGGACUGGCGGCGGCGGUUGCAGAUUGCCAUUGACGCCGCCCAGGGGCUUUGUUAUAUGCAUCAUGAUUGUUCGCCGGUGAUUGUGCAUCGAGAUGUGAAGUCGAGCAAUAUAUUGUUGGAUUCGGAAUUUAAAGCAAAGAUUGCGGAUUUUGGAUUGGCACAGAUCUUGGAGAAGCAAAAACCUGGUGAUGAUAAUAUGGCGUCGAUCGUUGGCUCAUUGGGUUACUUUGCUCCUGAGUACGCAUACACAACAAGAAUUAACGAGAGAAUAGACGUAUACAGCUUCGGUGUAGUGCUACUUGAACUAGUAACCGGAAAAGAACCAAACGGAAAAGAUGGAGACCUAAACCUAGCCGAAUGGGCAUGGAAGCACCAUGGAGAAAGCGACUCCAUGGUUGGAGUCUGUGAUCCUGAGAUCAAAGACUCCGAUACUUACAUGGAGGAAAUGAGCACCAUGUUCAAACUAGGGCUUAUUUGCACAAGCACAUUGCCUUCCAGUAGGCCAUCAAUGAAAGAUGUUCUUGAGAUUCUUAGAAGAUGUAAUCCAAUGGAUGAACUCCCUGAAGAAAUGAAAGAGGGAAGAGAUGAGUUUGAUGUUGCACCUCUUCUUAAAAGAGAAAGAUCCGUUACUGGGCCCAAUGAAAACGAGGGUGUUCUUGUUUCCCAAGUGUGAAAUUGACUUGUAUACAUGUAUUAUUUAUUUUCCAUGUAUGUAUACAUGUAUUUCUAUGUGUAUAUUUAGAAAAAUAGCGACAUGUAAACAUGACAAAUUAGUGAUAAAAAGAUAACGGGUUAACCA